AUGCCUCACAGUCCCGACGCAGUAGAGAAGGCUUCACAAACUUACCACAAACCCAAGAAGAUCGACAAUCAUGUCACUCCGCGUGGAAUUAAGACGCGUCGUGCUGGCUUAGACAUUCCCGCCGGAUACCGCGGACCGAGUGCUAUGACAGUGCAAGACUGGCUCAACCGAUGCCUCUUCCUCGAAACCAUAGCAAGUGUGGCAGGAAUGGUGGAGAGUAUGGCACGUCAUCUACGCUCAGUGCGAUCUCUCCAGCAGGAUGACCAAAGCAUUAUCGAGGAGAGCAAGAAUGAGCGCAUUCAUCAGCUCAUUUUCUUGGAGAUGAAAGAACCAGGCUGGCUCACUCGAAUGACUGUGUUCGCCGUACAGGCCGUCACGUUUCCAGCUUUUGCGCUAGCUUACAUGGUGUCUCCCAGAACGCAUCAACGCUUCGUGGAAUUUCUGGAGGACGAGGCCGUCAAGACGUACACGUAUUUGCUCGAGGAUAUGGAGCAUGGUCACUUGGACGAAUGGUGCAUCACGACCGCACCUCUCACCGGCCGCAACUACUACGAUCUGCCCGAUGAUGCCAAGGUCUACGACAUGAUCGAGGACGAAGCGCGCAAUCGGGAUAUGAGGCGCGCAAUUGUCCAUCCGAUUGUUGGCCUUCAGUGA